UGUUCUUAUCAUUUCGUAUCAAAACCUUAUCAUCUCGUUUAAAUAAUAGAUAUCUAAGAGCCAAUAAUAACUUUACGAUUUGACCUAGUUCGUGCGCAAGUUAUCUCUUCAGUCCUAAUUAACAUUAAUAAACUGUUCGUUUCACAAGUGUCGUAAACAAGUUUCAUUCUUCAAUUGGUUCAGAUAGGUUAUUGUCAUCUACAUUAAUGGCUCUGUAGAUCUGUAGUAGCCGAAAGAUAAAGUCGUUUAUUAACUGCUGAGUAAGGCAGUCGUACAGAGUGCUAAAUCUCUACAUUCCACAAACGUUCAACAACUUGAGAACAUCAUGAACUCGUCAGAUUCUACUCCUCGGGUGCUCUCCAUCCAAAGCCAUGUUGUCCAUGGUUAUGUGGGAAAUAAAAGUGCUGUAUUUCCUCUACAGGUUCUCGGCUUUGAAGUAGACUCUAUAAACACUGUGCAGUUUUCAACCCACACAGGAUACAAACAUAUUAAAGGGAAUGUACUGAAGAAUGAGGAAUUAGAAGAAUUAGUACAAGGUCUAACAUUGAAUGAGGUUGAUUACUACACUCAUUUUCUAACUGGCUACUCAAGGUCUCCAGAUUCAUUGAAGCAGAUUGCCGAAAUCAUCAAGAAAUUGCGUCAAAAAAAUCCAGAUUUAGUUUAUGUAUGUGAUCCAGUGAUGGGUGAUAACGGAAAAAUGUAUGUGCCAGAAGAAAUACUACCUGUCUAUCGGGACAUAGUAGUACCAUUAGCAGACAUACUUACUCCAAAUCAAUUUGAAGCAGAGCUGAUAACUGGCAUCCAAAUGAAGGACCUAGAUGGUGCUUUGAAGGUUGUCCGAGCGUUACACGAUAAGGGAGUCAAAACUGUAGUCAUAUCUAGCACAGAUCUAGGAGAUGAUAAGACGAUGAUCGGAAUUGCUAGCACCAAAGGUUCCUGCUACAAAAUUGAAAUGCAAAAGCAUGAUGCCUCAUUCACUGGUACUGGUGAUCUUCUUGCUGCACUGUUCUUGGCCUGGUCCCACAAGACUAAUAAUAAUGUAAAGCUGACGUUAGAGAAAACUAUUGCUACCAUGCAGAGUAUCGUUAAGGAUACCUAUCAGAGAGCGCGAGCAAUUCAAGCAACUGGUAAAGUAACUCCUGCACUCAUCGAGCUGAGACUGAUCCAGAACAAGAAGGUUAUAGAAGAACCUGUCAUAGAAAUAAAUGCUAUUGAAAUAAAAGCACCGUAAGUCUGCAUAAUACAAAUAUCUAGCUUCAUUAAAUUAUAGUGACUCUCGUAAUACAGGGUGAUCUAAAUGAAAAUAAGUUACACUUUUGGAAACCUCAAAGUAGUAAUAGGACACUUGUGAAAGAGGUUCGUAUACGCGUCGCCGAAAAUUUUUUCAUUGGUCACCGACUGCCUAUGAGACCAAAAUCACAGGGUAACAAAGAUUUGCGUAGCCUUGUAUACGAAGGGCCUAAAACUUCCUUUUACCCAAAUUACUUUUAUCUAUUGAUAAAAAUCGUAUUAAAAUAUAAGCGUACGGCGACGUGAAAAAUUUUAGGUCACCUGUAUAACGAUUAGGAGUUACAAAUACAAUACCUACAAUAGGUAGGUACUUGUAAUCAGUAGCAAAAUUUAAUUAUAAUUAAAUAAAUAAUAUUAAAAUUUAAAUGCCUAUGGUCUAAGUUAAGACAAUAAUUAAUUUUUAAUAUUGAACAUUAGUGAGACAAUAAGGUUUAUUACAGAAAGAUAUUCCUCUGCUUUUACUGAAAAUAUUAGCAUUCAAAACAUAUCAAUGGGAUUAUUAAUUUAUACUCUUUAUUUAUAAGUAAUUAUGUUAGUGAUGAUGAUACUGAAUUAUUAAUCAAUUAAAACUAUAUUAAUUUAUCUCACAUCAGUUACUUUAUGAUGUAAUAAAAAAACUGAUUAUGAAAUAGUUACACAUUCAUUGAAUUUUGUUAGUAUUGUGUAUUCUGGAGGAUUAUAAUACAAGCAGUAAGUUAUAUGCGGUUAGUUUUUUAUAUUUUAUAGUACAAAUUUUGAAGGAUCUAAGUACUUUCUGUAAUGAUAAUACAAACCACGUUUCACCGUAGCUUGUUCAGCAUUUAUUCUGUUGUUCAAGCCUGUUCAAUACAACAGAAAUACCUUCAUAAAGUAAAUACAUUUAAUUCUAGGACCAAUAUUGUCUUCCGAGGAUAUCUCAUAGAAUUAUCAGCGUACCUGUGAUAUCAGUCCAUAUAAUAUACCUAUUGUUUAUUUCGUUGUAUAGCGCUGAAUUACAUAGUAUCUAAGCAAUAAAAUGUAGAAAUGGCACAUUUACUGUGUGUAUUUACGCUUCGUGCUGUGUUAACUAUUUUGUUUAAAUUUAUAUUUUAUGUCAAGUUAAUAAAUGUUUAAAACGUU